AUCAAAAGGACACAAGCAGCAGCCAGUACCAGUCCCUUCUCAACUCUACGGACAAGCCCACACUCCGUCACAUUAUGAAGGUCCCCACAGCUGCCUUUGCAAUCCUUUUCUGCAUCAUGGCUCUCGGCUACCUGGUCUCCUCGGCACCAUAUGGCGCCGACACUCCAACUGCCUGCUGCUUCUCCUACGGCCGGCAGAUUCCACGCAAAUUCAUAGCUGACUAUUUUGAGACGAGCAGCCUUUGCUCCCAGCCAGGUGUCAUCUUCCUAACCAAGAGAGACCGGCAGGUCUGUGCUGACCCUAGAGAGACCUGGGUCCAGAAAUAUGUCGCUGACCUGGAGCUGGGUGCCGAAGAGGCCUAGAGGCAGUGAGGCACCCACAGACCGCCAACGGCCCACCUCCAUAGCUCCCUCUCCUGCUGGUUGUUUGCUGUGAAAUAGCCACACUCAAGGACUCUUUAAUUUAAUUUAAUUUAAUACUAUUAAUUUUAUAUUAUUUAAUUUUUGUAAUUUAUUUUUAUUGUCACACUUGUGCUUGUGACUGUUUGCCCUCAAAGAUCUCAGGAUGCUUUCCCUCUCCACCCAUCGCACUCCCCUUUGCCCACACUGUGUUUAGUGACAGCUGAGUGGCUGUCAUCAGCUUAUUCUAGAUCGAUAUGGUAGCAAAGUCACAAACUGACAAUAUGCGAUGGAUGCUUUAGUCCUGUGCCAUGUCCAGACAGAAGCAAAAAUAA